AUGACCUCCGCAUCCGUCUGUCCGCUCUGCGCGCGCAGCUUUAACAUGUUGCUCUGGAAGCACGCGUGUGACUGCUGCAGGAAAACCGUUUGUGAUGAUUGUGCGCCCAAAGUAAAUGGUAGGCGUGAGUGCCGUGCUUGCGCUGCGAAGGCAAAAGAACAGCAAUCGCGGCAGCGAAAUCCGUCAAAUCCCGCAUCGGCGGAGGAGGAGCGGGCUGCACGUAUGCGGGCCGCUGAGGAACGCAUGAGGGCGGAGCAGCAGCGUGGUAGGCCACAGAGUCGGGGCGUGCAGAGGCCUGGACCCCCAGUGACAGCGCCUCCAAAAGAAUUUUCGCUGCAGCAGGAUCGCGACUACGGCACGCCGUCGCCAUCGCCACAUGCCGGGGCGCCAACGCGAGCAAAUGCAGAGGAAAACCCUGUUCUGGCUGCAGCGCUUCGUCGCCGGCAGCAAGAGCAGUUGGGCAUGAAGGCCAACUGGGAAAACUCCUCCGAGAAGACGAGACUAUUGACUGCGAUUCUUGAGGUUCUUCAUCAGCGGGGAGAAGAGGAGCCGUUUGGUCUUCGCUCAAUGGAUGAGGCGAAGCUUCAAGCAUACCUACGCUAUGUUAAAAACAGGGACAAGAAAUCUGGUAGCGUCUAG